UUAGCGGUGGUGGGAGCCCACCACCGCUCCUCUCUCUCGUGCUCACCGUCGCCCCUCAUCUCUUCCCAUCCUUCCCCGAAUCCCCGUCAAAGCAAAUCUAGGGUUCCAAGUGAGCGAAGCCGUACCUCCGCCGGCGGAUCCCCUGAACCCUGCCGGACUUGGAGCCGAGUCGACGCGCGGGCGAAGAUGCCGCAGCGGCACUCGAAGAACAACAACGACCUCGCCUUCUUCACGUACGAGGAGAAGCGGAAGCUCGGGUACGGCACGCAGCGGGAGCGCCUGGGGAAGGACUCCAUCAAGCCCUUCGACGCCUGCUGCCUCUGCCUCAAGCCGCUCAUCGACCCGCUCUGCUGCCCCAAGGGACACGCCUUCUGCAAGGAGUGCAUCCUCGAGUGCCUCCUCGCCCAGAAGAAGGACAUCAAGCGCAAGCUAGCAGCUCAUGAGGCCCAGAAAAAGCAAGAGAAGGAAGAGGAAGACGAGAAGCUGAUGCUGCAGAAGGCUAAGGAGUUGGACGCCUUUGAUCAGCAGAAUCAUGGAGCUGUUCCCCAGUACCAUGAUCGCAGUGGCUCCCAAGACAAGAAUGGGUUUCAUGGAGCGAACAGUGUGAAGGUUACUUCCUUCGAGGAGGAAGCUCUCCGUAAUAUGAAGGCAUUCUGGCUCCCUUCAGCUACUCCUGAAGCUACGGUCAAGGUAGAUGCCCCCUCCACCAACACAGUCUGCCCCGAGGGGCAGGAGAAGCUUAAGUUGAAAUCGCUCUUCCCAAUCUCGUUCACUGAAGAAAAUGCUGACCAGAAGAGCAAGAAGUCAGUGGAAAAGAGCUACAUGUGCCCUAGUUGCAAGUCAACCCUCACAAACACCAUGUCCUUGGUGGCGAUCAGCACCUGUGGCCAUGUCUUCUGCAAGAAGUGCUCUGACAAGUUUCUAGUGAAGGAUAAAGUUUGCUUGGAGUGUAACAAACCAAUUAAGGAGAGGAAUCUGGUUGCUUUGGAGAAAGGUGGAACCGGAUUUGCUGCGCAUGAUGAAUGCUUGGAGGCAAGGGAUUUCAAGUAUUUGGGGAGUGGUUCUGGGUUAGGGUUAGUGAAACCAGCUCCGAAGACUUAGUAGCCUUCAAUAGUUGUAGCAGCUGUUGUAUAUUGCUUAUCAUGGUCUCAUCAAAUUAUGUAACCUGAAAAUUUUGUUUCCUGGUAUCCAUAUGUCUGUAUUUGCAACAGCUGAUGUUCUUUAACGACAUCAAUCUGAUAUGCCUGUCUUGUAGCGUUGCUAAAUUUGUGAAAUCGCAGCUGAUAUAUUAUGAUGUA